AAGAGGGGGGAAAUACAGAGGGAAGAAGGCAUGGAAAUGUGAGAAUUUAAUGAAAAAGCAUCAAAAUGCUGAUGUUACGGUUAAAAGCUAAGAAAAUACAGCAAGAGGGGAACGCAUUAAAAAAGCGAUUAAAGGGGGGUAGGAAAUGUAAAAGUAUUUUUAUCUGACCAUUGAAUUGGUCAUCUGAAGAAAGAAGCCUGUUUUUCCCACCGCACCAGGGAAGAUACUUGUAAAAAUACAACUAAAAGGUGGAGUAAAAAUACAAAAUUUGGAAGUUGGUUUGGGGAACGAUGAACCAAGCAAUUGGUUGUCGGGCUACACUCUCCCGUCACCUGAAGACGCCAGCCCUGCGCUUUCUUGCCUGCUCUGCACUUGCUGGGGAACCUUUCCUGGGAGCCUCCCGCGGGAGCGCGCUCCUCUUGAAUUCGGAGGCCGAAGAAGCAGCCAGCGAGAAUAAACAACUGAAACGCUGCGCGGUGCCGGCUCCGAGGCCCCGGGAAGCGGGCUCGGUGGUUGGGUCCGGCGGGGUGGCCGAGAGGUCAGCCAGGCGCCCCCAGACACGGAGAAGCAACGUGCCCCCGGCAUUGCGCGCGGCCCUAGGCCGGCGGCGCGGAAACCUGAAACCGGGUGGCGGCUCCCAAUCCCAGACGCGCCGGCGCUCGUUCACCGGCCUCCUCUGGCGCCGCGGGUCCAGGCCUCCCUCCUAGAGGCCGCCGCCUGCGGGUGUGCCGAGAAGGCGUGGUCCCCAACUCGCCGUUAUUUGCUAAUCAUCGCAGCCUCCGGCUCCUCCUGGGGCGAUGCUCCGACUGCGUAAUCCAGCGCGCAGAGACUGGGUCCGGCUCUACCGAUUCCUCUGCAAACCUCUUUUAACCUAUUUCCAUAUCGAUCGGGCAGAGCCGAUUUCCUGCGCGGGAGACCUUGAGGACUUUCAUGGAGGCAUCAUGUAAUAAUGUGGAAAAGAGUCAGUGACCUAGUCCCGGGCCCAUACCAAAGUUGCUGAUGCUGAAUGUGGAAAUUUGGCAUUCACAUCCAUUCUCUCCUGCCUCUCAUGUGCCUGCUUGUCCGGCAGAAACUGGAAAGUAGAAACAUUUCCUGGACCCCCUUUCAGCUAGAGUUCUGAAUGCUAAAUUAGGGUCUGAUCUCGUUCCUCCUCCAUUAUCUUUUUCUUAAUUAUAGACCAUGAGGGAUGAAGAUAAAACAAUUGAACGUGAAGAUUUAGAACCAUCCACAGGUGUGAAUCCCACAGCCUAUAUGCCUCCAGAAACACAGGAGCAAACAAUUGUAAACCUCAAAAGUGUGGAUGGAAAUGAGCCAACAGAAGGAAGUAAUCUGUUAAAUAGCAGUGAAAAAAGGCCACAAGAAACACCAAAUGAAUCAAAUCAUCUGCAAAGACUAAGACAAACAUUUGCUUGCCCUCCACAUGGCUUACUGGACAGAGUAAUUACAAAUGUUACCAUGGUUGUUCUUCUGUGGGCUGUAGUUUGGUCAAUUACUGGCAGUGAAUGUCUUCCUGGAGGAAAUCUAUUUGGAAUUAUAAUCCUGUUCUAUUGUGCUGUGAUUGGAGGUAAACUGUUGGGGCUCAUUAAGUUACCUACAUUACCUUCGCUGCCUCCUCUUCUUGGCAUGCUCCUUGCUGGGUUUCUCAUCAGAAAUAUCCCAGUCAUCAGUGAUAAUGUACAGAUCAAGCACAAGUGGUCAUCCUCUUUGAGAAGCAUUGCCCUGUCUAUCAUAUUGGUUCGUGCUGGUCUUGGGCUUGAUUCAAAGGCCUUGAAGAAGUUGAAGGGCGUCUGCGUAAGACUAUCCAUGGGUCCUUGUCUUGUGGAGGCGUGCACAUCUGCUCUUCUCGCACACUUCCUAAUGGGUUUACCAUGGCAAUGGGGAUUUAUACUGGGUUUUGUUUUAGGUGCUGUAUCUCCAGCUGUUGUGGUACCUUCAAUGCUCCUUUUGCAGGGAAGAGGCUAUGGUGUUGACAAAGGUGUCCCAACCUUACUCAUGGCUGCAGGCAGCUUCGAUGACAUUCUGGCCAUCACAGGCUUCAACACAUGCCUGGGCAUAGCAUUUUCCACAGGCUCCACAGUUUUUAAUGUCCUCAGAGGUGUUUUGGAGGUUGUAAUAGGUGUGGCAACUGGAUCUCUUCUUGGAUUUUUUAUUCAGUACUUCCCAAGCAGUGACCAGGGCAAACUUGUGUGGAAGAGAGCAUUUCUCAUUUUGGGGUUCUCUGUGCUGGCUGUGUUCAGCAGCAUGAAUUUUGGUUUCCCAGGAUCUGGAGGAUUGUGCACAUUGGUCAUGGCCUUCCUAGUAGGCAUGAGAUGGACCAGCAAAAAGGCAGAGGUUGAAAAAAUAAUUGCAGUUGCCUGGGACAUUUUUCAGCCCCUUCUUUUUGGGCUGAUUGGCGCAGAAGUAUCUAUUGCAUCUCUCAGAGCAGAAACUGUUGGGCUCUGUAUUGCCACAUUGGGCAUUGCAGUAUUGAUACGAAUUUUGACUACAUUUCUGAUGGUGUGUUUUGCUGGUUUUAACCUAAAGGAAAAGAUAUUUAUUUCUUUUGCAUGGCUCCCCAAGGCCACAGUCCAGUAUUUUUCAAGAAGAGAGUGACACAGAAAUGGCAUGACCCAUCUUAGUGUUUGGAAAUACUCCCAUUUUAACAUGACUGAUUAUCAGUGAUGCUUGGACACAGUUUUUAUAUAUAACAGAAAAAGAAGAUUAUUGGUAAAUAACUCAGAAAAUGCUUUCUUGACUUCCUAGAUUAUCAGUUGAUAGUAAGUUAUUCAAACAAGCUAACAUUCCUGCCGAUGUCUCAUUCACUUGACAUGAAAUUUUACAUUCUAAUAAGCAAGUGAUCAAGAAAGCAUUUACAGAUAGGUGUUUAAAGCUGUUGAUCAUGGAUUUGGUAGGAUAUCUGUAAUUACUAACUAAAUUAGAACUGUAUAAGCUGUGAUUUGUUGCAAAUAUAAUACAUUACUCAUUGUAUCAUGUGUUUUCAAACUAAUUGUAGCAAACCAGGUUUCAUGUUUCACCCCAGAUUCUUUUGCAAUUAUUAAAUAUGCAAAUUUCUACUUUCAUGGAAUUAAAAAUCAGGUGUUCUUAAUUUAAGAAGCUUUGGGGGAUGUGUAUACUCUGUAAUUAUAUGCCAGAUUUUGUGAGACAAUUGGGCAUUAUUCCAGAGAAGUCCCUCCCCUCCCAUCAGACUUUCAAAGAUACCUGAGAAAUAAUGAGGUUACUGUAGUACAAUAAGUGGAAUAACUUCUGACUCACUAUGUCUCCACCUUUCACUCAAUUUCUAUUAGCUUUGGCAGAUAAAUAUCAACAUAUUUAUCUAGUAGCUUUUGUAUGAAAGAUUUGUUACAAAAUGUCAAGAUGUGAAAGAAGGCACUUUCCUUCCAUCAAGCUAAAUUUUUAAAUAAGGAAAAAAUAUAUAGGAUGUGUUGGAUGUUUGUUCUAUAGAGGCAAGUAUUAUGUAGAAAUUUUUUUUCUCCUUUUGCCACUUCACAAGAAACAAAACAUAUAUAUAUAUAUAUUUUUUUAAGCUUCUUUGUCCAUGACCCUCUAUAAGAAAUAUAUUUUACAUCACAACCCAGCAUAUAUACAAACCCCAAAGCAUGCACACACGUACACAUACACACAGAGAGAACUGAAAGAAAGAUACUGUGCUGAAAUGUGUGCGGUUCUUACCAAGAAUCUAUGAAGCAUUAAAUUAGUUAUGGUAUAAGAUAAGCUGCAGUAACAAAGAGCCUCCAAAAUGAAUCUCAGGGAGAUUCACUCCCCUGAGAGUCAUGCCCCUUGUUGGGGGGGAGGUUAAUGAAUUUGUUUGCCGAGUUGGGCUUAGAAAUGAUUAUCAUAACAUAAUAUUAAGUGAGAGGCCAGCAUGGACAUGCCAAAGCUGACAGGGUAACUGCCAUCCUCAGUGUGUAACUUCCAUUCAUGGGCCCAAGGUGACAGUUCCAACUCUCACCAUGUUCCAUCCAGUGAAGAGGAAAAAGAAUAAGGGACACACUUGCUCCAUUCUUCAGGGCGCAAUCUAUAAGCAGUAUUUAUCACUUACGCUCACCACUCAGUGGCCAGAACUUAGAAACACAGCUUUAUCAAGUUGCAAAGGAGGCUGGACAGCUUUGUGACAGGCUAAAACUCAGGAGUUCUAAUAUUGAAGAGAAAAGGGGAGCGUUCAGAUAUUUGUAGACAACUCUGUCAUUGGAUCUGAUAUUUUCACUUCUGUUUUCAUUGUCGUGGAGGCUAACAUUGUUGUGCUCUGUAGAAUAAACUGAUAAUAAGAUUGAUUAGUAUAUAUUUCCCCAGGUGCAUUCAUAAUAUUGCACUUUGUCUCUAAAAGAAAAUGAGAAUUUUCAUAAUACUUUCAGAAGAUAAAUUCUAUUUUUUCAUUUUUUUUAUUGUGAACUUAAACAUCUAGACAUAACAGUGAUAACUUUCAGUGUACAAUUUUACAA